GGUCACACUGCUCUGCGCUGUUUUUUUCCUCCGCAUCACGUUAAACAUUUUUAAAGAGUCAAUUUCACUUUAAAAGCUGCAUUUUAAAGUGUAAAGUGUAAAGUGCACAAAAGCAUUUUGCUGCGAAUUUAUAGUCGAUAACUAGUUAAAGGUAAGCAAGUCGCAGAAAUGGCCGACAAUGACGAUCUUUUGGACUACGAGGAUGAGGAGCAGACCGAGACCACUGCGGUCGAGAACCAGGAGGCGCCCAAAAAGGAUGUCAAGGGCACCUACGUGUCCAUUCACAGUUCCGGCUUCCGUGAUUUCCUCCUGAAACCGGAGAUCCUGCGCGCCAUCGUGGACUGCGGCUUCGAGCAUCCCUCGGAGGUUCAGCACGAGUGCAUUCCGCAGGCCGUACUGGGCAUGGACAUCCUCUGUCAGGCCAAGUCCGGUAUGGGCAAGACCGCCGUCUUCGUUCUGGCCACGCUGCAGCAGCUGGAGCCGUCGGACAACAACACCUGCCACGUCCUGGUCAUGUGCCACACCCGCGAGCUGGCCUUCCAGAUCAGCAAGGAGUAUGAGCGAUUCUCCAAGUACAUGCCCACAGUCAAGGUUGCUGUCUUCUUUGGAGGAAUGGCUAUUCAAAAGGACGAGGAGACCCUCAAGAGCGGCACCCCGCACAUUGUGGUGGGCACCCCUGGCCGAAUUCUCGCCCUCAUUCGCAACAAGAAACUCAAUCUGAAGCUUUUGAAGCACUUUGUUCUCGACGAGUGCGACAAGAUGCUGGAGCAGCUGGAUAUGCGUCGUGACGUUCAAGAGAUUUUCCGUAGCACGCCGCACGGCAAACAAGUGAUGAUGUUCUCUGCCACAUUGAGCAAGGACAUUCGUCCCGUUUGCAAAAAGUUCAUGCAAGAUCCCAUGGAGGUCUACGUCGACGAUGAGGCCAAGCUGACGCUGCACGGACUGCAGCAGCACUAUGUCAAUCUGAAGGAGAACGAGAAGAACAAGAAGCUGUUCGAACUGCUCGACGUGCUCGAGUUCAAUCAGGUGGUCAUCUUUGUGAAGUCUGUGCAACGUUGCGUGGCGCUGUCGCAGCUGCUGACGGAGCAGAACUUCCCCGCCAUCGGCAUCCAUCGUGGUAUGACCCAGGAGGAGCGUCUGAAUCGCUACCAGCAGUUCAAGGACUUCCAGAAGCGCAUUCUGGUGGCCACCAAUCUCUUUGGCCGCGGCAUGGACAUCGAGCGUGUGAACAUCGUGUUCAACUACGACAUGCCCGAGGAUUCCGACACCUACUUGCAUCGCGUGGCCCGUGCCGGUCGCUUCGGCACUAAGGGACUGGCGAUCACCUUUGUUUCGGACGAGAACGACGCCAAGAUACUUAACGAAGUACAGGAUCGUUUCGAUGUGAACAUCAGUGAGCUGCCCGAGGAAAUCGAUCUCUCUACAUACAUUGAGGGACGCUAGACGUAGAAGGUGCAUGAUAAUCGGAACAGAACAGUACUGCGUAAGACUAAAAUGCACUUCGAAUAGAUACAAAACUAAAACCUUUUUUAAAACUCUACUUUAUAACUAAAUAAAAACUAUUCAGACAAUGUGUUGACAAACAGAAGCGGA